GCCGGCGGCCGGGCACGAGGCGGCAGGUUGUCAAGACGACGGGCGAGCGUGGCGGCGAGGAGCGUGUGUGACUGUGCGCCGCCGACUCGCCGUUCACGUUUUGCGGCAGCCAGUGAGUGAGUGAGUCAGUGCGUGAGUGAGUCCCGGCGCGGGUGAACGUGUGCGAACAGUGACUCAGUGCCUGACAGCGUGCGGCCGGCGUGUGCAGCGGACGGCAGGCGUGUGGAGGGCAGGGAGCCAUGGUGACCUGGAGGCUCGUGGCGGUGGUGGCGGCGGUGGUGGUGGUGGUGGGGGAGGCGGGGGCAGUGUUUGACCCGCCCCCCCUGGUUGUACCUGGGGACGCCGUUAUUGGCGUGGUGGCAGACCUACAUUCGCGCGGCAGUGACAGGGGUAGCGACGGCGGUGGGUGCGGCGCCGUGCAGCCCCGCGCCGUCGAGCAGGUGGUGGCCGCGGCGUGGGCGCUUGACACCAUCAAUAACCAAACGCAACACGACUACACCAUCGGUAUGCGUGUGUAUGACUCCUGCGGGGACGAGGACGCGGCGCUGCGGCAGACCAUUCGCCUCCUGAAGGACACGGCGGCCCCAUCCUCGCCCCUCCUUGGCGUGGUGUCCCUGGGGUCCAGCCGCGUGGUGUCGGGCACGGCCACGCCCCUGCACGCCUUCCGCACGCCCAUCCUCAUCACGGACGCGCGCGCCGCCCGCACCGCCACGCCCACCGACAACACCUUCACCACGGCGCCGCACCUCACCGACCAGCUGCAGGCCGUGCUGGCGGCGGCGGUGCGCGUGGGCGGCGGCGUGGCGGGGGUGAGCGUGGUGUCCAGCUGCGCCCACGGCACCGAGGUGCUGCGGGAGCAGGCGUCGCGGGCGGGCAUCAGGCUGCUGCACGUGCUGCAGCUGGGUGGCGGCGCGGACCUCACCAAGAGGAUGACGCACUUCAUCAACAACAACGUGAGUUUCGGCGGCGUGGUGGUGGCGCUGCUCAGCGCGGCGGAGCUCAACGCCUUCACCGCCGAGGUGGACGCCCGGGCGCUGCGGAAGGCCGGCCUGCGCUGGGUGCUGUCCUCCAUCGGCGGGGAGCCGCUCGCCGCGGAGCUCACCGAGAAAGGGGUGAGGAACAAGUUCUCCGGCUCGCUGCUGGUGGAGUCCCACUCGCCGGUCAUCCCGGGCUUCAGCCAGUACUUCGCCGAGGCCAUCCUCAACAAGAGCUCGGUGGCGGCGCCCCUCGCACACCAGUACAUGGAGGCCGUGGCCCACUGUGACGCAGAGGUGGUGGGCGUGCCGGCGUCGCCCUGUGUGGGGAGGGAGGCGCUGGCGGGGGCGGUGCGCGGCUCCUCCACCACGGCCACGGUCAAGGCCGUGUCCUCCCUCGCCGCCGCCUUCCGCCUCGUGCAGAUAGAGAAGUGCUCCCAGGGCGUCCGCUGCCUCCAGGCGCUGCGGCACGACCUGCACCAAGACGUGCUGAAGGCGCUGCUCAAGCUGUCCUUCACGGUCGGGGACGGCGCCGAUAGGAUCCGGUACACCGCCGACGGCCGCCUCGUCAACUCCUUCAGCAUCGUGCACAUCACCGCGCGGGGCGUACACGAGGUUGGGACGUACCGCGAGGACACAGGGGUGGUGUGGGCCCCAGGGGAGAUGAUAACCCCGGAGAAGGUGGAGAAAACCCGCAAAGGCCGCACCCUUGGCCUGGUGGCGGAGGAGAUGGAGCAGCACCGGGGGGUUGUGAGGACCGUGCUGCUCACCCACCAGGACUACAUAGGGCGCACGUGGGCCUUCUCGGUGCUGGUGACGGCCUGCCUGGGGGUCGUGGCCUCGCUCUACGUCACCGUCUAUGUGGCUCUCAGGGUGUGUGACGGCACUCUCAGGGGACCACAGGUGCUGGGUGCGGUGCUGCUGCUGGGCGUGAUGGGUGUGUUUGCCUCCUGCGUGGUGUAUGUCCUACCCCCAGGCUCCAUCACCUGCGCCGUGCGGCAGUGGGCGCCUCCCCUGUGUCUGGCUCUCUGCUAUGGCAUACUGCUGGUCAAGUCCAUGCACCUCAGGGCCCUCGUGACGGUGGGGGCCGAGGGGGAGGUCUCCCAGCUGAACCUGCACAUCUCCCUGCUGUUCAUCGUGGGGGUCCAGAUGGCCCUGUGCAUGCUGGGUCACGCCGGCGGCCUUAGUGUGGGCCAGGACCCGCUGGUGAAGGUGGAGGCCAGCGGUGGGCGGCUGUGUGGCAUGAAGCCCCUCGCCACGCUGGCUACGCGGGUCUACCUCCUCUUCCUGCUGCUGCUCUGCCUCCUCCUGGCCGCCUUCAACCGCAAGAUACAGAGGAAUCACAAUGAGGGCCACUGGCUGCUGCUGACGUCGUGUGUGUCGGCGCCGGUGGUGGUGGUGUGGGCUGUCAUGAGCUACCUGGCGCCCCCCUCCCUGGAAGCGCCCACCACCAGUGUCGCCCUGCUCAUCCUCGCCAUCGUCAUCCUGGGCCUCGUCUUCAUACCCAAGAUGAGAGUCAUUUCACAGCAGGCAAAGAAAUUCAGACACAAGCGGUUGGCAGCGGCAGCAUCUGUGUCCACCGUCCUGAGCCACCUAGAGGAUGGCUCGGUGAGGGGUCUGCCACAGCUCCAGGACAGCAUGAAGCAGCUCCACAACACCAGCCCGCACCACAGCCACCAGGACUCAGCAGGCUCCGUCAGGUCCUCCGUCGCCUCACAGAACAACUACCGUGUGGCCUUCAGCGGUGUGUAUGGGAUGCCGCAGCCGUCACCAGCCAGCACCCAGAAUCACGCCCUCAGAAGCUCUAUUUAUGACGCCUCUAAGGGGGCCUAUCCCUGAGCAGCUGUAGUGGCGUAGUGAUAGGAUGAGUGUGUUGCUGCUUGUACUCAGUGUGAACAGUAUUUGGGAGAGUUGUAGUGUGCCUAGAAUCUUUUUCCAGCCUCCAGGUAUCCUCUUACAAGCCCUGUGUCUCUUUGUCUGAAGGGGCUAUUACACUGGGCAAAUUUUCCGUGGAUCUUCAGUCAAACCAUGAUUUCCGCUGGCGUGGUUCUCAUAUUUCCGUGGUUUUCUGACGUGUCCACAAUCUUCCAAAGCUACGGUAGAUUUCACCGAGGGGCGACGGUAUUACUCACCAUCAUCAUCAGCAGCAAUAACAAGAAACAAAUGAGAACCACGCCAGCGGAAAUCGUGGUUUGACUGAAAAUCCACGGAAAAUUUGCCCAGUGUAAUAGCCCCUUUAGUAGAUGGACUCAAGAUCUUAGGCAGCCAGGCACUCACAUGCUGCCCUCGCCUUGACACUGUGCUGAGAUGUGAGUCACUCCACACCUCUAGAGUCUGUAGGAAGCUUGAGGAGACACAGGUUGGUCUUCUAGGGGGGGGAGAGAGAGAGAGAGAGAGAGAGAGAGAGAGAGAGAGAGAGAGAGGCAGUCUUAUGUAAGUGAAAUACCCAGAUCUAUCAUUAGCAUAAAGCUCCUAAAAUAAUUUGGUUCAUCCCCAUAAGAGAAAAGGACAUUAAAUGAAAAGAAAAAGAAGAAGUAACGUUCGUAUAAUGCAGGAAUAUUUACGCAUAUUAUUGGACCUUUCCUGUAAAUAUAGAUCUGGAAAUUACACUCACUUGAUAUAUUACUAGACCAAAGGGAACGUGUAUGUUUGAUAAGCUUAAAAAUACUGAGUGAAUACGUAUUUAUUUUCACAUUGUCAUGAGCACAAAGGUUGACAGUAGCUUAUGAAGGGACGACACCAAUGGCUGGAAAGAUUUACUGUUGGAUCAAGAACUACUAGCAUGUAUAUGUGUAGGAUCAGGUAGUGUGUGUGUGUGUGUGUGAGUGUGUGUGUGUGUGUGUCAUGAAGUAGUGGUAAGGAUCAGGUUUAGGAGAGUUAGCAAGGAGCUGUGUCUUACCUUUAGUACAGUAUAUAUUUUUUAUUAUGUUUCUGUAAGGACGUCUUGUUCUGCACAAAAGUUAAGAUAAUGAUAAUGAAGAAUGGAAGAUAUUUUUUUAAUGGAACCCAAUCCUCAACACUCCUCAGUUACAUUAUAAGGGAUUGACAGUGAGUGGUGCUUUGGAACUUUUGUGUUAUGCAUGAUUUUUAUUUUUUCUUACAUGCCUAUGGAGACAGACCAAGAGAAAAACAAAAUAAUAAAGUUGAGAAAAACAGCUACAAUGCCCCUGA